AUUUCCAACAUCUUUUCAACCUUUUUGAAGGCGCUCCUCAAAAUUUCUUCUGUCACCGAAAGUAACAAGGAAUAAUCGGCAUCAACUUAUUCAAGAAGCAGCGAAUAAAGUCACUAAUUAUAGCAUCAAUCACAGCUCAUCAUCUCUAUUUCGAUCUUUGCACAUUAUCAUAUAUUCUUAUUUGCUUCAAGAAAUUAACAGUCGUUAACCCUAAAGAAAUCAAAGAUGAACUGUUGCAGGCCAAAGAAAUCAAGAAACCACAGAAACUCAUCAUCGCCCACUCAUAUCCAACAAACAUCUAAUACUAACGUAAGACACGAUCUUCUUCUGAGAAUCCCAGAAUGCAGGGUUCAUCUCAUGGACGAGGGCCAAGCCGUCGAGCUCGGCGCCGGCGACUUCGAGCUCCAACGAGUAUCCGACAGCAACGUGGCGCUGGCCACCGCCGUUAAAGUCGGGGCGGAGCUCCAGUGGCCGCUGACCAUGGACGAGCCGGUGGUGAAGCUUGACGCUCUGCACUACCUCUUCUCGCUGCCGAUGAACGACGGCCGCCCUCUCAGCUACGGCGUGGCCUUCGCGGAGACAAGCGGCGGUGCUUUGGGGCAUUUGGAUGCGUUUCUGACGGAGAAUUGCUCGUUCACGGCGGGCCCGAGUUCGUCGGGAAAGAGAAGUGGCGAUAUCGAUUGGAAGGAGUUUGCGCCGGCGGUGGAUAGUUAUAACAGUUUGUUGGCGAAGGCUAUCGCCGGAGGCACCGGACAUAUUGUUAGGGGUAUCUUCAAAUGCAGCAAUGCUUACACCAAUAAGGUGCAGAAAGGAGGGGAAACAAUCCUUAUUCGCGCAGUCGAGGAGAAGAACACAGUAGCACCAAACCAAAUUCAAAAAAGCAAUAGCAAUGGACCAAAUCAAAGCAAGGGCUCCCUCAACAAAAGCUUGAAACGCGCGAGGAAAUUGUCGAAGAUGACAGAGAAAUUGAGCAAAAGCACGCUUAGUGUAGUUGAGGGUGCUUCUGGUUCAGUGAUGGCGCCAAUUGUUAAAUCUCGACCUGGAAAGGCCUUCUUGUCUAUGGUGCCUGGAGAGGUGCUCUUGGCUUCCCUUGAUGCACUUAACAAAAUAAUGGACGCAGCUGAAGCAGCUGAAAAGCAAGCAAUGCGAGCCACCUCCGGCGCCGUCACAACGGCCGUCACUAAUAGGUACGGAGAGAGCGCUGGAGAGACGACGGAGCACGCGUUUGCAACUGCAGGGCAUUGUGCGGCCACUGCUUGGAAUGUUGUCAAGAUAAGGAAAGCCAUCAACCCUGCCUCUGCAACAUCAACAGGACUGCUCAACAAUGCUUCUAAAUCGUUUAACAAAUAAAUAUCUCUACGACUGUCGUAUGGAGUUACAAUCUAUAUUUGUAGAUCUAUAAGAUUCCUCAAAAAUAAGUUCCUCAACCUCCGACCUAUUUUUUUAAUAAUUUUAUAAGCAACAAAUAUUUUAUAAUAGUAAUAACUUAUCAUGAUUUAUUAUUUCCAUCA